AUGAUUGCAUGCGCCCGGCUUCCAUUGAAGUUGUGACUUCACAUUCUCAUCUACCACGGGCUACCUAUAAAGUGCAAAAUUUGAUAACUCGCUCAUCAUUCAACGUUGCCAGAUAGAUAUAUCAUGAGCGACUCUCACUUCCCAUUUAAAUUGGGGGCACAGAGAACAUUCCUUCUUUGCAACAACGACGCUGCAUGACGGUGACGCCGGAACAGCAGACACCAAAAACACCAUCGAAAACACCAUCAACACAUAUCAUCAACACACAUCAUCAUCUCAUAUUAUCCGGUUUUUUAUUAUUCUAUUUCGGGGCCAAUAUUCCAUCCCAUUUACUAAUAUAUUAUUGGACAUCUUGCACGACCAGCCAUAUUAAUAAAUACACCAAUCUCAUACCCGUAUGAGCAACCACGAUAUGGCCCUCCUCUUAGAGGGCGACUCCAUGACCGUUGAUGGAGCCAUGCAGGGGCUAGAGGGAAUGGAAGGCAUGCAGGGGAUUCAGGGCAUGGAGGGAAUGGAGGGCAUGGAGGGAAUGGAGGGAAUGGAGGGGAUGGAGGGCAUGGGGAGUAUGGGUAGUGCCAUGGCGCUGGACGAGGUUGACUUGUUUGGGGAUCCCGUCAUGGAUGAUGCCCUCGCCGGCCUACCAUCUCGCCCCUUACCGAGCAAGAACCUGCUGCAGCGUAUUGACGAGCUGCGUACCCGUGGCUGUUGUCAAGGAAUUGCCUGGUCACGGCAGGGCACUAUUGCUACCAUCGCCAAGGACGCCAUGUCCAUCGACCUUCGCUUCAUCCGCAGCCAUCCCAAGACCACCGAAUGGGGCCUCAGCGAGCCAAGUUCAUGGUCGCCCCCCUCGCCCGUCGCUUCGCCUCCCGUUCCAAACCCUCCUACCCCCACCUCGUUGGCCUCGUCCAGCGCUCCCUUCGUCCACCUUGCCUGGAGUCCCACCAUGAGUCCCGACCUCGCCGUCGUCGACGCCCUCGGCCGUCUCACCAUCCUGAGCUUCUCCAUCGCCAACAACCAGCCUUACCCGGCCCGCCGUUGGGAAACCGAUGCUGCUGAUGACCUCCACGCCAUUGUUGGCUGCUACUGGCUGCCCCAGGGGAUGGCUCCUGGCAAACAAUUUCACCUCAUCCAUGGUCCGGCUACGAAAAGCCAGUCAGAGUACAGAUAUGAACAUCAGUUCUUCCCGGCUUCUAGGCCCUGGCACCCGAACUCGUCCAAGAGUGCCUUCCUAUGCGUCACAACGAAUGGCGCCCUCAAACUCUUCUUCACACAAAAUAACGGCCGGCCAGAAGAAACGGCGCUUGAACUCGAGAGCGUGACCUCUUCUGACGAUCUAAUUACACAUGCCUCCUUGUGUUCUGACCAGAAUAGUCUGUUGGUCGCCCUCGCAACCUCUUCAAAACAGCUGAGGAUCGUGAGGGUUGGCAUCCAGUGGGGCCUGCCUCAAGUCGACAAACAGGUGCCGCCUCAGAGCCUGCCCCUGAGGCCGUCUCUUCGAGAAAGUCAUGUGGCCGUAACCAGCUGGGUUCAGCAUGGGUCAAGUGAAUCCGCCCCAGACGCCUCCGUACCUCAGCUCUCGCAUAUCGAAAUUCUCCCUUCUGCCCACACAGCUCAGUCGCAGCCCAUGCACCCCCCGGUCGUCUUGACAGUGCGAUCAUACGUCCCACAGGAUGCCUCUCCCUAUCAGCAAGAGAGUCAGAGCAUCAUCGACCGCUGGGAGGUCGUUAGCGACCAACCCCAGGCCCUUCAUCCUGCGUUUGAGCAGUUAGGGUCGAGAAACGGCACAACAUCAGCGCCUCCCGCCUUGACGCGCUUGCGGAAACUCGAGCCAAUAAUAUUGCCCAAAGUAGUCGUGACCGUCACCACAACACAGUUUGGCAGAGUACUCUGUUUCGCCUUCAGUGACGGCACCGUCCAGUACAGGAAUCGCUUCACGAUGGAUGAGAUCUACAACGAGCCCAACACCGACAGCAUCAUGCACCCCCUCCAGGUCGGAUUUCACUUCGCCAAUGACACCCCAUGUCUACAGGUGGCCUUCUCGCCCACCAACUGCUCCUUCGUUCAGAUCGGCGAGGACUCGGCUAUCAAAUGGAAUAGACUACAUCAUCCGAUGGAGGACUCGGACAUGGAAUCCAAGAACGUCGACCAAAAGACGGUCCGAGUCGCCUUAACCGUCGCCUUAUCAGCUACUGCCGUAAACCAGGCUGCAUGUGAUGAUGUUUUAGCAAUAGCCCGGCCGUUUGCACAAUUCCCAGACUUCGCAUCCGCAUGGGUCAAAGAGACGGUCAACAUGUUGAAAAUCGCCGUCGACUACUCGGAAACCGCCCAUCACGAACAGCUUGUCAAGAACACUCACCUACAACAUUGCCUCGGCGUAAUUAAUCAUCUCGGCUUUCACGGCGACUUCAAGCCGCGUUCGCAUGGUGGUAAAUUUGCCAUGCUUGCGCUGAGCGUGAAGAAUGCCUUCCACAUCAUCACGGUCGCCAACAACUCGCCAAUGGGCAUGAAGGAGAAGCUAGUCCCCCUCGAUGACCCGGAUGUGGUGGACGCGGUAACAGGAUGCACGGCAUGGGGCAUCUCGCUGCUCUCCUGGCUCUCGGACUCCCUCUUCCAGCUCCUCGACGACCCAGAGAUCACAGCCAUGCUGAGCGGCCCGAAACGCUUUCCCGAAUUAGCCAAAUACCUCGAGUCCAAGAACGACGUUGCCGUGCAGCUGGUCCUAUGCUCCUCCACGCGGGGCUUCUUGUUAGCUCUUUGCCGCCGCCUGCAGCACAUCGAGACGGUAAGCAACCGCGCCGCCCAGUACUACGAAACCCGCUUCCAGCAGCAGGACCCGGCCGGCGGCGGCGGCGCCCCAGCUCGCCCCCACCCAGCACUCUCCCAAGCAUACCAGCGGAUGGAGCGCACCGUCUCGUCGGCCCUCGUCAAAGUAUCGGAAUUCGAGCGCCUCCUGAGCGAUCUCGGCAGCGACAUCCAGACCGCCUACCACAAGUCCUUCUCGGGCCUCAUCGCCGCCAAGGUGAAGCCCCAGCCCGCCAACAUGACGGAACAGCAGCAGCAACAACACAACGAGCACUUCCGCGAGGUCCUGCUCAAGCUCUUCACCGCCACCCUCCCGGCCUUCCGCGCCCAGACCGACCCGGCCAAGCUCUACUUUGCCGACUACGCCCUGCUCGAGCUCGACGACCGCCCCACCUCCCUAGCCGUGCGCAAAGCCCAGCACAAGUACGUCGACGUCUUCAAGCGCACCGAGCUGAUCGCCAAGCCACGCGCCGCGGCGGGGGCGGCGGCAGGGGCGACGGCAGGGGCGAAGGGUACGGCGGCGGCGGCGGCGGCGGACGGUCGCGAGAUGGCCAAGCGCAUGGCGGGCGCCGGCAACGGCAACGGCAACGGGGAUGAAGCGAGAGGGGUUGUGCCACCUGGUGGUGGCGGGCCUAACGGGGACAACGGGAUGGCGAGCUACCGGACCGCCAUCUUUGGCACGUGGACCGGCAUCGGGAACAGCAACGGCCCGCAGUGGCGCCGCUGCGUGCGCUGCGCGGCGGUGGUGGGGGACCUGUUCACGGGCAAGCCCGGCUAUCACUUUGUGCUGUCGCAGCAGAGGAAGUGCGUCUGUGGCGGGAGCUGGGGGACGGUGCCGCGGGGUACUUGAGGAGGUCAAAGAGAAAAGGGGGGUGCGUCAGGUUUUUGAGUGGAAGGUAUGCAUGGUUGCAUUUCCGAGGAUCUAAAGAGGUGGGAGUCGAAUUGGAAAAGGGGCUGGAAAUGUGGAGGCGCAUGAAGCAGGGAGGGUUUGAAGCAGGCUACUAUCACCAUGAGCAAGAG